GCUCGCGCAUGCCACGGAGGAAUAAUCACCGAAAAACCAUAUCCUCGUAGUCUUUAAUGCAAAAUUGAAUUUGCUCGCCCUUGUGCACCUGACUUUUAAACUUUUUGUCCACGUUUUUCUCUUGCACCUCUCAACCAAUUCAACCGGAUGACACGGUUGACUAUUUUUCCUUUAGCGUGAAAUUUACUUGCUCGCUUCACAUUGUUAGGUUAGGCGCGGAGCGCCUCAAUCAACAGACCUAGUAGUAAAAUAGAACAGGUGGCGCUUAUUCUUGUGCAUAGAUUUAUGACAACUUGACAACAAAAGCAUUCAUAGAUUUAUAGUCACUGCUGUACACAGUUUAUAUUAGAAAGAAAAUAUGGACUACUAUGAAGUAUUAUUUAAAUUAACAACACUUGAUGAAAAUGGCAAUGAAGAGGUUCAAAAUUUUGAUACUAAAUUGCAACAAAUUUUACAGAAAGUACAGUCAACGUUGAAACACCAGGAUGAAAAGUUUGAAAUAACUAGUAAUAAAUAUGAAGAUGAACACAUUGAUAUUAGGUACCAGUACAUACGUACAGUUGUUUACGUAUUACAAAAUAUAAAAGCAUCUGGUUCGCUGAAUAAUGAAUCCUUAAUUAGUGUUAAACAAUUUCAUGUUGUAAAAGUUUGUAUAGAAUUGAUAACUGCAAUGGGAAUUAUACCUGGACUUUUACCUGGUGUUGGAAUUGACAUGGCUAAAUUAUGCCCGAAAGCUCUUCAGAUACACGAAGAGAAGUUAACAGAUUUACAAAAAUAUAAAAGAAUACAGUUUACAGUUCUUUCUCUUAUGGAAUUAUAUGAUGAACUUAUGUUUCGUCCAGCAAUACUUGCUCAGAUAGGACCACUAUUGGCUGCACUUUUACAAUUGAGUCAUGCUCCACUGAUGAAACCAUGUAAAAAGUCUAUAUUAAAUGAACAGGGAAAUACUAGUAAACCUGAAUUUAAAAUGACAGAAGAUUUGUAUAAUGAAUUAAGAAAAGAUCAAGAACAUUUCAUUGAUUUGCUUCAACAAUUAUUAAAUAACUGUCCAAUGUCCACAAGCAUGAAAGAAUUGAUGGUAAUCCUUGGUGUAAAAGGAACACCAAAAUGGUUACAAAAUCAAACUCGUAAAUAUUUAGUAAAGCUAGUCAUGCAACCUAAUGGAAUUAUUUCAAUCAUAGUUGCUGUUUGUGAAGAUGUUUUAGAUCUUGGUGAACAUUGGAAUAAAUUGGAUACUAUUUCCAGAUUAGUGACCAUGCCUCAUGGAAAUGAUAUAGAUGAAUAUUACAAAUCUAUAUGUUCACAGUUGGUACAGCUUUUAACAUCUAGUCAGAUAAAACAUUCAGCAACAAUAGCAAAUUGCUGUAUUACUGCACUUUAUGAAUGUAAUCCUGAUAUUUGUCUUAAAAAUGUUGUAGAAGUUAUAUGUGAACCACUGAUUAUAAACGAAAGAAAUGUAUCAAAGAGUGAGAAUGAAGUGGAGAAAUGCAUUGAAAAUUUAACCAAAUGUUUUGUAACAGUGGAAGCUAAAUUUAAACAUUUACCUUGUACACUUCUAACAAGAGUAGCUGUUCCUUUGUUUUGUUUGUAUAAUAAUGCGAGGCAAAGUGCUUGUUUAUUGAAAUGCAAGAUUAAACAACUUAUACUGCAUCUUCUCAAUGAAGAAUCAUCAAGACAUAAUGUAUUUGCUGCAUUUCUUGGACACAGUGAAAUGAAAGAUUUUGGUAAUCGUUUAACGUCAAAGCUUGGACCAACUGGUGGAAUUGAAAUUACAGGGAUAGAUGAAACUCCUAAGUACGAAGAAUUUGCGGAUACUUUAUUUGAUUUAAUAUCUGCUACUAAAGUAUUAUCAAAUGAAUUAUUUACUUAUUUGUUGAAGUUUUUAUCAAAUACUAUACAAUUAAAUCGUGAAAAACAAACUGAAAAUUUAUUACAAACUGCAGAUGAUAUGAUAGAAAGGGUUGAAGAACAAUUAGUUGCUGUGAAACUUUUAUCAAGCUUAGCUAAUGUACCUGCUGUACAAGACACACAAUUAGAAAAACCAGAAACAAUAUUUUCCUUCAUAAAAUCAUUAUUUAGCAAGUACAUAAAGAACAAAAACGAUAUAUCAGAAGAAGAUGAUUGUGAAAUUUUAUACAUUAGCUUAAUGCUAAUAAAAAUAAUCAUAAGCGAAAGAAAAAAGUCGCUAGAUUGGACAGUAUUCAACGAUUUUGUAAAAUUUUUAAAAGAAUGUUGUUCUCUUUCACAUGUUCCGAAACAGUUGAUGUCGUUAACGCGAGAACUAAUUGAAUUGAUUGAGAUUCAAGGUCGAUCAAAACAAAAACAUUAUCAAGAUUUAUCAGUGGAUUGCAAACGACUAAACAAAUUUGAAGAAGCGCUUAAAGAUCUUGCGGAUCCACUACUUCCCGUCCGUGCGCAUGGACUUAUAACUCUUACAAAACUGAUAGAAAAUGCGGAUCCAUGUGCCACUACCAAAAAAGAAUUUAUUUUACAGUUGUUUCAAGAAAAUUUGAAACAUGAGGAUUCAUUUAUAUAUUUGGCAGCUAUCAAUGGAUUACAUGCGUUAGCAAUGUCGUAUCCUCAAGUGGUUAUAGAAACGUUAGUACAUGAAUACAUAAAUAUGCCACAGCGUAUUUCAGCAGGAGAAUUAACAGUGGAAACUAGAGUAAAACUAGGAGAGGUACUUGUAAAAAUGACGCGAGCUUUAGGUGAAAUGGCAUCAGCGUAUAAAAAUAUUUUAAUAAAUGGGUUCCUAUGUGCUGCACGAGAUCCGGAUUCCUUAGUACGUAGUUCUAGCCUUUCAUGUUUGGGUGAAUUAUGUAAAGUACUAGGCUUUCGAUUAGGAGAUAUUGUUAUCGAGGUAAUCUACUGUAUCAGUUGCAUUGUAAAGUCAGAUAAAGCACCUGAAUGCAGACGAGCUGCUGUUAUGGUUAGCAAUAUGUUACUUCGUGGUCUUGGAAAGAAUACGUUAACAAGCCUCGGUAAGGAUUUGGUUGAUCUAUAUCGAGGACUAAAAUAUCUACGGGACAACGAUGAAGAUCCCGUAUUACGUUUACACGCACAACUAGCCUUGGAAGAAUUGGAUCAUAUUGUGCGGGAUUUCCUGUUUUCACCUCCAAAACUUGAGAAAAGAAUAUUACUAUUAAAUUAAGUUCGCCAUGGCGAAUAAUGUAAUUAAUUGUAAGAAAUAUUAUACACAAUU